AUGAAGUUACUUCUGUUUCUUCUCCUCCUUCUGGCCAUGGAACCGGUGGUCUCAGCAGAGUGUUGGAUGAAUGGACAUUGCCGGUUGGGGUGCAAAAGUGAUGAAGACAGUCUCAUUCGUUGCUCAAAUCGUAAAUGGUGCUGUGUCCUUAGUCGUUACUUAACAGUCCAACCAAUGACAGUUGAAAGAAUACAGCCCUGGACCGUUCCUCCGAUGUCCAAGCAAGUAGAACAUAAAGCCAAACCUGGCUUCAGCUUCCCCACCUGCGAAGUUGGAACCAUAGACAAUCUCAAAGCUCAGGAUUGUGGGAAGAAGGAAGUGAAAUAA